UUUUUCUUACACCUAACUCUUUAGAUUCAAGCAGCGGGGUUGAAUCCGCUAUAAAGACAUCCUGGCGGUCACAGGCAUUUUUUUUUCUUUCUCUCUUUUUUUCUUUUUCUUUUUUUACUUUUAAAUCAAAAAGACUGUACCGUAUCAUGGCGACAAAGCAGCAAUCACAACGUCUUGAUUUCUUAAUGCAAGCUAGUCAUGCUAUGGUAUCUCCAUGUCCUACAUUAGCUAGAUUUUAUAUGCAUCAUUACCAAGAUACUUUACGACAAUACGGCCUCAAGGCGACUAAGGUGAUGGAUCGUCUCAGCUGUCCUCGAUGUGGUCAGAUUUAUCUUGCUGGCGACACUACUUCUGUGGAACUUGUCUCCAGUCGACCGACACAACCAGCAGUAAAAAGAAAUAGGAAGAAUACUCUUAUCUAUACCUGUCAUGCCUGUCACUACCGGCGCAAAUUCAAAGGAUCAUUCAAACGACAUUUGAACAACACGACACAUAGCGUGGUUUCUCCCACUGGACAACAGAGUAUACCAGGAAAACAGCCAUUAAAUAACAAUAGCAACAACAUUGUCAAUAAGAAUAAUAACAAUGUCAGUAACAACAAAGACAAGAACAAGCCAAAUACAAUGAACAAACCAACCCCACCGAUCAAUACUCCACAUACCUCAAAUCAAAACAAACGGUCAUUACCAAGCACUCAACCAUCAAAAAAGAAAUCCAAAAAGAAUCAGCUACAAUCUCUUUUGGCAAGUCGCAAGGAUCAACAAGGCGGUGGUAAUUUAGGCUUGAAUGAUUUUUUAUCUUCUUUAUAGUUUUUUUUUUUUUUUUUG